AUGAAUCCAUCUCCUCCUCUGACAAUCAGCGGUGUUGUCCAAAACAAAGGAUCUUCGACUGGAGCCCAAAAUCUCGAAGCAGAUAACGCCCAGAACGAACAAGAAACCUCUUCUCCUGGUGAAGAUGGUAAAGAAGAUUCGAAGCACGUUGACGAGAAGGACUCAACAGAGAAAGAAGACUCUGAGGACACUCCCAGUAAUUCUCCUGCAAGAGUUACGUUCCCUUCAGAUGAUGUUGAUGAGGAUGAUCAGGAUUCUGAUGAGGUUGAGGGGUAUUUUCAGGAAGAUGAAGAAAUUAAUGUGGGAGAAGCUGAUCCUGAAGGAAAUCAAACUGGAACUGGUGAUGCCAACGUCGACACGGUCCCAAAUCCAAUUAAAGUUCGACCAUCCAUCACCCAGACUUCGCCUAUAUCACUUACUGAGGUGGAGAAAAAAGAUUUAAAACAAAAUGAUCCCCUCAAGUAUGUAAGUUUAAUGAUGGCUCAAAGAGAAUCUUCUUCAGAGCAAAGCAUUUCUGGAGCUUCGACCCAUUCUGGUGCUAGUGCAAACGAAGCAUCACAUGACGAAAUCCUUCAGCAGGUGAAGAAGGCAGUUUUUGAUGUAGAUCUCUUUGAAGAAUUAAGGAAUAAUGUGGGAGCGAGCUUUGGCAUAAAGAAGUUGAUAAGCAAGAUUAACAUCACUGCUUGCCCCACUAAUAUAGGUGAAGCCCUUAUCGACAUUCAGAACCUCAUUGACCAAGUUUGUGUUGAAUACCAUAGGGAGGUGGAUGCCAAAUCCAAGCUUCUAUCAACUGAAAAAGCUCAAGCCACUGAGUUUGACAAUGCCCUUCGAACUUCACAAGCUUCUGAGGAGUUAGCCGCUUCUAGAAAAUCAGCCCAAGUAGAAUUCGACACUUAUACUGCUUCGAUACGACUUUGGGAAUCUCACAUUACAGAAUUGCAGAAGAAGAUUUCUGAUGCUAAGGCGAAGCAGGCUGCUAUCCAAGGCUUGGAUAAUACUGAAGCUGAUGAUCUGGCGAAGCAGAGCGUAGAUCACGUCGAAAAGGCUACUGCUAUGAAUGGAGAUAUUGCACGCCUCAGAGGGGUUCAAGCGGCUGUUCAGUACAAGAUUGGCUUGGCGAAGAAAAAGUAUGAUCGGAUGAGGGCCAUUAUUCCUUUUUGA